GUUACCAAACACACAAUCAAAAUGGGUUCUUCACAGUUCCUGAUCUCCUUCCUCUUCCUCCUCCUCUUCUGUCACAGCGUAACAGUCACCGGUGAUGAAAUCUGCCCGGUUGCUACCUGCGGAGGAACUGAACCGGCGAUCCGGUUCCCUUUCGAACUAUACGGUUUGCAGCCGGAGAUUUGCGGGUAUCCGGGAUUCGACCUCACCUGCAAUAACCAGAGUAGGACGAUUUUGGAGAUCUCUUAUUCAGGAAGGUUUUGGUUAAAAAGCAUCGAUUAUUUCAAUCAAGAGAUCCGGAUCAACGACCCGGAUAAGUGUCUCCCGGAACGGUUACGGAGGUUUGAUCUCCGGGGUUCACCGUUCAAGACAGCGUUAUACGAGAACUAUACGAUGCUGAGGUGCUCGACGGCUCAGGAGAUGAUUCCUAUACCGUAUAAUUCUAUUGGCUGUCUUAGUAAUUCGACAGUGGAAAUUUGGGCUACGGCUUCUGGGGCGUCUGUGGAUAUGAUGGUGUCGAGCAGGGGAUGCCAAGUGAUUGAGACGGUGAAGGUUCCAAUUCCUUGGUCUGGUUACUAUGAGAACAGUGUCAUGUCGUUUAGUGACUUGAGCGAAGACUUGGUACUUACAUGGGAUGUGCCUCGAUGUGGAGAUUGUGAGGAGAAGGGAGGAAGGUGCGGUAUCAAGAGCAGCUCUAGCCUUGAAGUUGAAUGUUAUGGUGUGUCUGGACAUGGAGGACUAUCAAGAAGUGUCAGCUAUGCAGUGACCAUAGGCAUUGGUUUGCCUACACUCUUAUGUGGGAUCGGGAUCGUAUGCUACAUGAGUGGGAGGUUCAAAAGAUACAGAAGUCACAAUUCAAGUGGUGUGGAGGGUGGCGGUGCCACCUCAACAAUAAAUCCACAGCCCACCGUGGCUGCAACAGGCCUUGACAACCCAACCAUAGAAUCCUAUCCAAAAGCUGUGAUUGGUGAGAGUCGCCGGCAGCCAAAGCCUGAUGAAAAUACAUGCACAAUCUGCUUAUCGGAGUAUCAACCGAGGGAGACAAUCAGAACAAUACCACAGUGUCAACACUUUUUCCAUGCUGACUGCAUCGAUGAAUGGCUUAGGAUGAAUGCUUCAUGUCCGGUGUGCCGGACUUCUCCGGCACCACUUUUGUGUGCACAGCCUCCGUGAUCUAUCUAUGUAUCUUCUCUUUCAUCCCUUUUCCUUUCUUCUUUCGAUGUAGCUGUUGAGGUUGCAAAAAUUUGGAAGUUGAAAUAGGUGUUUCUUUUUUUUUUUUUCUCUUUUUCUUUGGCCAAUUAUUGUUGUCACAAAGAUUUGUAAAUUUUUUCAAUGUCGCGAUACAUUUAUUUUGCUGCAUAGAUAGAUUAUGCAUAUCCAUUGUAAACUUGGAUAGAGGAUACAUGAGGUCUAGGUUAGCUACGUGUCAAAUUUCAAAAUGUAAUUCAAUCAAAUACUGCUUUUGUAUUCGCAUUCAGCUCA